UAAACCUCCUUGAUACAGACAGAGGAGAGAGCGACUACGCCACAGAUGCGUCUAGUCUGCCGGAAACAAGAAGAAGAAGAAGAAGAAGAAGAGGAGAGAGCGCCCGCAUUGUCUGUGAACGCCAUACAGGUUCAUGGAGGUCAGCAGAAGACUGUUGUUAAAAUAAAUAGGGGACAAGAUAAAUAACCAAAUAAUUGUCCGCAUCAGUGGAUUGUAAGGUCUUAGAGGGGAACUCUAGCUAGCCAGUGCUAGCUAACGCUAACUAAAGGUGUCAGUUAAUGUAGAGCAUUAGGUAGAUUAAACAGCUCGGGACAGUGACUGUCUGGUGGAAAACAGCGUUUCAGAGAGUCGCUGAGAGCCUCUUCACGUUAAACGUAAGCAUUUAGUCCUUCAGCCAGGUGACGUUGCAGAGUGGCGAUGGAUUUCGUUGCUGGAUGCAUCGGAGGUGCUGCUGGCGUCUUGGUUGGACACCCAUUUGACACUGUGAAGGUGAGACUCCAGGUCCAGAGGGUUGAUAAGCCUCUGUACCGUGGGACUUAUCACUGUUUCCAGUCCAUCAUACGGCAGGAGUCGGUAUUUGGUUUGUAUAAAGGCAUUGGAUCCCCCAUGAUGGGCCUUACAUUUAUCAAUGCCAUAGUGUUCGGGGUUCAGGGAAACACCAUGCGGCUCCUGGCACAUGACACCCCCAUGAACCAGUUCCUUGCUGGUGCAGCAGCAGGUGCCAUCCAGUGUGUCAUCUGCUGCCCCAUGGAGCUGGCUAAAACCCGCAUGCAAAUGCAGGGUACUGGAGAGAAGAAGUCCUCUAGAAAGCUGUACAAGAACUCCUUGGACUGUUUGGCACGCAUAUACAAUCGGGAGGGUCUACGGGGCAUAAACAGAGGCAUGGUGACCACGCUUAUCCGUGAGACACCUGGCUUCGGAGUGUAUUUCCUGGCCUAUGACGUGCUGACGCGCAGCCUUGGCUGUGAGCCAGACAACCGCUACAUGAUCCCCAAACUGCUGUUUGCCGGGGGAAUGGCUGGCAUAGCCUCCUGGCUCUCCACCUAUCCUGUGGAUGUGAUCAAAUCGCGGCUGCAGGCCGACGGGGUGGGCGGAGUUAACCAGUACAGCGGCAUCGCUGACUGUGUACGACAGAGUGUCAGGAGAGAGGGCUACAUGGUGUUCACGCGAGGCCUCACCUCCACGCUGCUACGAGCUUUCCCUGUGAACGCAGCUACCUUUGCUACCGUCACCCUGGUCCUCAUGUACGCUCGGGGGGUGGAGGAAGGACCUAAAGACUGUGAGCCCGCUCAGCCAAGCCACCAGGCACAGAUACAGCAGCAGGCCCAACCCUCCAGCCUGUGAUGACACAAGUCUCACUCUCAACUUGCGUACUUUACAAGAGCACGGAGAGACAAAAUAUACAUACACCCUACCUGCUAACCCUGCCUACCUUACUGUCAUUCCCAAUUUUUAGUCAGAAAAUAUGUGUUUUAUAUAGACACUUGUUUUCACUUUCAUGUCAACACCAUGUACGGCAUCUUGUAAAGGGGAUGGUGUUACCUUUAACAAUAUUAGAAGAAGAAUUUAAGCUACGAGAUUCCUGAAAGUUUUUAACAGCAGCUCUUGUUAGACACUAACAAGAGACUUGUUACUGAGCCACAGACUAGGUAGUGUAUACAGUGUGGACACUGAAAGUUGUUAUAUAUUUCUAUUACAUAUAUCUUGAAGUGUGUGUGUGUGUGUGUGUGUGUGUCUCUCUCUCUCUCUCUCUCUCUCUCUCUCUCUCUCUCUCUCUCUCUCUCUCUCUCUCUCUCUCUCUC